GACCGUGUUUGUUGUGCGCAGCAAAUUACAAUAGAAUUGGCUUUUCGCGCGUGACGUCACACUGAUAUUGUUUAUCAGCCAAUCAGGAAUGGGAAUUUAUUGAUUUCAAUUAACAAGAUCUGCCCUCGCGUCAAUCAAUGAAUGAUUAGCAACUCACUCACAGCUACACACAAAACGCAAUUCCAUUAGAAAAUGCGGCGAAUAAGUGGCAAAUUAUGAAAGUCUCCACAACGUCCGACGCCUCAAGACGUGAUCGGCAAUUGCCAAUUCAUGCUCUGCGUGUCACGCCAUCUGAAGUUAUGUGAGGUUAUUUGCAGUUGGGAUACGUAUUCAUGGUUCUGAACGCUUGCGACAGCGACAGUCCAACAGAACCGGCGGAGAGGGUUUCGCCAUCUUGCAGAACAGUAACCCAAUCUCCAAGAGCCAUGAACGAAUCAAGCAUUAGCGCAAGAGGGCAGCGUAAAUACCGUACAACACGUCCCUACGAAGACGAGGUCGAGCGAAGCGACGAUGAACCGAGGAUAGGCUCGCCGACUUCUAUGAAUACGCACAGAGAGCCUGCCGAAGGCUCGGGCGAUACGUCUCCGAGGGUUGACGGCGACGGGUCCUCUUCGUCUGGAGCUAAAAAGAAAGGACUUCAAAAGCUUGCUUCGGGAGCCAUUGCUAACAUCGGAUCGGUUUUUAGGGGGGGUACUACAAGUGGUGAAUCAGAGGGGCGAAAUGACUUAAGUGCGGGUAGAGCGUCUAAAAAUUCAUCGAAGGGUUGGUCUAAUACUCCUGAUUUCACUAUCGACUCUGAUUCAGGCAUGCAGGAGAAGCUGUCACCGCCUUCCCACAAGGAGAAGUUUUUCCAGAAGGGCUGGCGAAAUCGGCUGAAGGUCAUUCCCAACGCAGGCAAUGCCCUGUGGAUUCCUCAGGUAUGGCUGCGACCGCGUUCAUCGCGCUGACUGCUCAAUGUCGCGUUCCACUGGUUCGCGAUGAGCUGCGAUUGAAUUUGUUGUAAUGCGCCAGCGUCUAAGAUUAAGCGGAAGGCGUGGAUUGAUUUACCAAUCGUGAAAAUUGUAUUAGAUAGGUUACGCACAGCCAUUUUUCCAUCGGCAUUUUCCCCACUACUAUUCAUUCCACGCGUUCUUGACCUUGCUAAAAUAUCGAGUGUCAUUACACAUCUUAAUGCUUCAAGCGUGCUCCUUUCCAAGCAUUUGACCAGCGUUUAUUCGAUUCGAAUCGGCGCUUAUACUUGCGUUUACGCUAGACUCUGAAAUGAGAGCAGCUAAUUGUUUUGGCAAACUAUCUUGGUACAUUCCGCCGUCUUCUGCCAUUCUUAAAACAAAACCCAGCAGAAGAUAAAUACACAAGUCGCUUAGCUUGUCAGGAACACGUUCUUAAGCAAGCAUUAUCUCGAAGCCCUCAUUAGAGUUUACUACAGAGUAAUAAGUGCUCCAAAGUCCUUGCAGCGCAUUUUUGUUAAAUUGCCAGAGCUUUGCAUUUUCAUUUGGUGAAUUAAUGACCUUCCUAACGAGAUGCGAACUUACUUUCUCUCUUUUGUGAAGGAUAACUUUAGCUGGUGCUCUGUGGAAGGACGCAGACUUCAGCUGACAGACACUCAAAUUUCGGCUUUGUCCGAACCGGAGUGUAUCGCACUUCAAAGAGUCGCUCAAACUCGGUUAAAGCAACUGGAUUUUAAAAGUCACCUAACGAUACCUAAAGGUAUGAGUGGUACAAUAAUCCUUACUACAAUAUCUCUUUUAUCUAUUUAUUUUUUAAUUUCUCUUAAUGGCUCUUCGCACUUAUUUGAUUCCAGUAUUUUCGAUUUUUUUUUUCAAGAGAUAAACGUACUGGUAAAUGCGCUAAACAAUCACAUCAAUUAGAAACAUAUUAUCGACCUUUCCGGUCAAGAGCUGCUUACUGUUGAAUAGGUAUACCAUUCACUGAAAUUAAAAAGAAAUAAAAGUGACUCUUGCAACGUUUCAAUUCAUUUCAGUACUUACUUAUCGCUCGCAAAUAUUCCUCAGUGCAAUAUUGGUUUUUACAAUUGCUGAAGGUGCGAUUUAAUGUGUUAAAAAAACACUGUAAAAGCCAUUACCGUACACUACAUAUAUAUCUACACUUGAAACAACAACCAUAAACAGUAUUCGCGACAUCCAAAGCGGUUCUUUUGAUGAGAUGUUGUGUAAAUUUUUAGCAAAAUGAAAAAGUGAUUCAUGGUGAAAUUUCAACGGCUGAACGCGUUUAUUUUGCUUUUAACUGAGAAUAGCCUCGUACUUUCAAAUCACAACAUUCGUUGAAUAGUAUCUAUUCAAGUAGAAAUAAUCGUUCUCUGUUGUGGUGACUAAAGACGAACGAGUCGGCCAACCUCUUCCGACACGGAAACGUACAAGAAUUGUUUAUUUCAAUGCCGAUUUCGCAAUGACGCCGGCAUUUUUGUUUUCGGCGACGUUCCUGAAAUUGCUUCGAUUUUUUUUCAUUCUUUCCGAUUUCACGACAGCGGAAUAAACAAUUAUCGUCAUUUUAGCUUGAGCACGCACUUCUCGACAAUUAUCUAGAUGCCUCGGCGCACGCUGUCUCUUUUUUUAAAAUGCGUCAAUCUGAUAAUUAUCGUUCUGUUCGCGUGCGCAGAGUCUCUGCACAAACCCUGAACGCGUAAAAUCGUUUUGACCGAAGGGAAUGCAAAUUUUUCUUGUUCCAAAUUCCUGUCUUGCCAUAAUAAACAUAUCACGGUUUGGGAUGUAAGUAAUGACCUGUCACCGUUAUUGACAAAAGGACUGAAGGAGAUGAACUACAAUCAGCUCUUGAAAUCUCUUAAUUCGAGCUGCAACUUUUCAUUGGAGCCAACAUCAAUAGUCUUUAUCAUCCUUCCCUUGGCACGUUGACAAUGGCUAUGCGUCUAAACAUAAAUCACCCGUUCAGAGAGAGAAACUCUAUUUGAAAAUCGUCAAGCAAUUUGAGCCCAUUUAUCAAGCACACUCUUUAUCUCUAGAAACUCUGUGGUAAAACGUAACAAGUCAUAUACGCACAAACUGUCUGUUAAGAAAACAUCGAACGAAUUGUCUGAACAUGUUGACAUAAAAAAGGACUCAAUUUUGACAUUCUGCAUACACUGACUGUCACAUCAUGUAAUCGUUUUAGCUGGCUUCCAAAAAAAGAGAUGACAAUUUGACAUUUUUAGUUAGUACCUGAAGACAUUGGGAUCAUGGGGGAUGCUGACAGCAAUUUUCGGUCAAGUUCAUUUACUUUGUUAGUUACAUAAUAUUAGAAAAGGGUAUAUUUAUGUCUGGACUUUUGUUACGUGAGUCAACUACAAGUUGUUCAGGACAAACGUUUGUAAUAAGGAUGAGUUUGUCUCCUCCCCCUUAUCAAAUCAGAUAUUUUUAUUUCAUGCAACAAAUACUUGACAGGAAAAGAAAUUUGAUUUUUCAUAAAGUUAAAGUGCAUCUAUUAAAAUGAUCUUAUAUGAUCUAUGAGUCAAAUUGCAGAAUGAGAAUUAUAACUUUCCAAAUUUGCUCUGUUAGACUUUUCUGCCACACCAAGCUAUAUUUAACAGGUGACACCCCCCCCUGAUACUGUCAUAAAAUUCUCACAUGCAAUUGGCUAUCUAAUACACAAUCGGUAGGACAAUACACGUCAUGCUACAAAUGAGCAGUGUAAUUGGACAGUUUGCAUAUCAUCCCUGUGUAGUUGCACAGUAACUGAUAUUUGCUUAACCUUUAACUCCCAAGAUCACAUUAGUAAUUCUCCUUACUGUCUGCCAUACAGUUCUUGUGAUGUUAGUUUUGGAAAUUUGGUAUUUGAUCAACUUAUGAUCCCCUAAUUUAUAUUUUUCUUCAUUCUCAUCACUUGUCUGCCUGGUAUUGUAUUGAUAACAUAAGGAGAAAUUCUGUCUCGGUCAUUCAUGGGAUUAAAAGGGUUAAGCUGUUUCAUAGGCUAUUAGGUUCGAUUCCUCAUGCAAAAAAGUCACCAUUUAGCUAAAGUUUGUGUAAAUCAAAAUUGUCCCCCUCUCUCUUGAACCCAGAAAUAUAAAAAUCUAACCUUGUUUGGUGGUCCAUUAAGUUAUCGAUGCCUCAGACCUUGUUUGACUCCUCUUUCUCAUUCAUAUUUUCCCCCUAAAACCAGAUACAAAAGUUUGUACAGGUCGGAAAACUCAUUUCAUUCAAAAUAAUCUGCAAGGUUUCUAUCGUGCAUUAAUUUCUCAAAUAUUUGUUGAUUGGUUUUGUACCUGGUGUCACCCCUAGAGAGAGACGGUAAUACCUUGUCAGCACUCAACUCACAUUAUUUGUAUCUUUUCAUUCUAAGAUCCACGGAAUCCUAGGAAGUCAUUAAAGAGAGCACUGUCAUGGAAGAAAGGAAACUCUGGGUCAAGUUUAUUUGACAAAGACAAAGGUUGGUAAUUCAGUGUUCUCUAUGAAAUUUGCUUGUAUCCUGCACACAAACUUAUGCCACUGGAUCAUGGUUAUGAUCGUUGUAUAGGCAGUGAGGUUUUAAUUAGCUAAUUAUGCAAUGACAAAUUUGUGCAUGUCUGAUUGGCUGAAAACGAGUGCUUUCUCAUGUAAUGCAAGUGCAAAAUUGUAACGAAUGCAAAAUUGUAACAAGAGUGCAAAGUUGUAACACGAGUGCAAAGUUGUAACAUGAUUGCAAAGUUAUAACAUGAGUGCAAAUUACAAAAAGCAUGUCUGCACUGUUAAAAGUUACGUCUGUCUUGACUCUCUUUGAGGUUUUUUCAUGUAUAUUCUUAACAAGUGACAACAUGAUUUCUCAUGCAAUUUGGUAUAAUACGCACUUGUAAAUUUUUCAAAGACUACAAAUUGCACUUGCCCUAUGGGCUCAUGCAGUUUUGUUGUCUUUGAAGAAUUUACUUGUGCUUAUUAACACCAAAUUCCUCUUGAACCAUGUUAUCACUUAUACAAAAUGCAUGCUAGAUUGAGAAUUUUGAUGUUACCCCCCCAGGCAGGCCAUUAGGUAGAAUUUUAGGGCAAGAUACUGAAUGCCCACAGAGCCUCUCUCUACCAAGGAGCAAAUAUAGGUACCUGCCAAAUGUCAGUGAAACUUGACAGAUUUCUGGCUGUACAAUAGAGUAGUAUCCCUUCAGGGAGGAGUAAUAGUCUUAAUCACUUUGCGCUCAAGACUGAAUGGCUUUGCUAGAUGCGUUAUUAUGAUGAUACAGUUUUUGAAGCAGUUUCAUAGGGAAUCCUCUAAAGAACCCCCACAUCAUAAGCCUGGGCUUGAAAUAACAACCAGAUAACAGAUAAUGUAUGGUCAACGCCAUGGAUGGCCACACAUUUUUUACUGUUCUUCACACAUGCUAAAUUCAUGUCUUUUUAACCCUUUAACUCGCAAGAUCUCCUUAUUAAUUCUCCUAACUAUCUCCCUAUACAGUUCUUGUGAUGUCAGUUUGGAGAAUUUGGUAUUGGAUCAUCUUAUAAUCCUCUAACUGAUAUUUUUCUUUAUUCUCAUCACUUGUCUCCUUGAUAUUGUAUUGAUGUUGUAAGGAGAAUAUCUGUCUUGGUUACUCAUGGGAGUUUAAGGGUUAAAGAAAGAUAAGGCUGUGUCACUUUUGCCUGCAUUGAAUUUGAGGCUGCAUGUACAAUAAAAGAUAUGACAUAAUGGAUAACUGGCUGGCAAAAAUGGGUUGUGUUUGAGCAAAAAUAGGUUUGAACAGACAGUUUUACCAGUGCAAGCCUUUGUAUGUGUUUACUUAUUUAUUCAUCUCUUCAUUUUUUUCAGAAAAUGGUGUAUUUGCAAUACCCCUUCACAAAGCUGUCUCCACACAAAGUCCCCCAGAUUCCAGUGAACUAAAAAAAUCACAAAAGAAUGUUAAAGAGGGCACACCAUCAAUAUCAUCAACAGGAACCCAAGAGGCAUCUGAUGACUCAACUGGGGUCAGAAGACACUCAUCUGGAUCCAGCAUCUCUCACAGUUCAAGAUCAUCAGUGGAUAAUUCAAAUUCAAAUACUGAUGAAAAGACCUCUUCUCAUAAAGACCAACCUUUGGAAUCACCAAGUUGGAAAUCACGACUUAUUGAAGCAUUGACACUACUGUCUUCAUCUGCUUCUGCAUCCUGUUUGAUGGAUAAACAGUCAGUGCUAAGUCCCCCACAACCUCAAGUUCCACCAAUCGUUUUGCACGCUAUCGAGCACCUUCAGUGUUAUGGUAUGGCCAGUCUGUGAAGUUAAAAUUGUUAUUUCAGUUCUUGCAUACUGUACAUGUAAACCUCUAACUUGUGUAUAAAGAUAUAGAACUGCUAUAGUUCAUUUUAAAUUAUAACAUAGCUAGUAAAUUUGUCUAAUCAAAUUCAAUUGUGCAAGCAUGCUUCAUAUUUCUAUUGUGCACGGAUAUGAUGUCAGCAAACAAAUCCCUUGAGAAAAAAAUUUUCCAUCGGGUUGAAAAUUUUAUAAAACAAUUGGUUCAUAUGUCAGCUGUGCGUUCAUUGAGAUAUGAAGCACUUGAGAAGUUUGGAGAGCACUCAAGAAGCUAGAGUUGCUCGAGGCGUAGCCAAGAGCAACUCUUACCCAUCUUUCGUGCUGUCCAAACUUCGCACAUGCUUCAUAUCUCGAUAAAUGUACACUGACGUAUGAACCAAUUGUUAAGCUUUUUUUACCAUUCUGGUUGUUAGCCCAUCAGACAUAAGCCCUUCUAAUAUCCCCUAUGAAGUUGUCUAAGCCCAAGGCUUUAAAGGCAGCAGUUUACAGUACUUCAUUAAGCAGUGAGGCCUGUUUAACUACCCCAUAGUUGAAACCAAAUCAUUUUUACCACCCAUUCAAAAUAUUUUUGAAGGCGGUACAUUUUUAAACUUGAACAAGUUUGAAUUUUUAAAAAAUUACUGGACCAUUUUUUUGAAGGCAGUACACACAAAGCAGUUGAAAUAGAAACUUGUUGCUAAGUGUUUCCUGGCCUUAAAAGAGCAUUUAACAGAAGUUAUGUUUUGUUCCUGUUUUGAAGGUCUACAUGUCCUUGGAAUAUUCAGAGUUGGAGGUUCUAAGAAGCGAAUGAAACAAGUAAAUUACAUUUUUUGAAUAGUUUAUUCAUAAAAAGACUAGUUUGCUUUGUAUAAUAGCAAAAGUAUUUUGAUUUCCAACCAAAUUAUUUCUUUUAUGUUCUGUGUUUCCAACAGAUGAGAGAUCAGUUUGACUCUGGAGAAAAAACAAAGUUCACAGUUGAAGACAACCCACAUGAUGUGGCUGCAUUAUUCAAAGAAUACUUCAGAGACCUUCCAGAACCAUUGCUCACACGUGACUUGUACUCUGCCUUCUUAGAAACACAAAGUAAGUUUUCAACACAAUGCAAAUUAAGUGAAAUAUUUCUUACUUAACGUCCUAAGUAAAAUGAUUUUCAGUGACCAUCACAAACCUCAAAUACAAAUAACAGGUGUCCCAAGCUCAUGUAUCAAGGAAAAGCAAACGAUUAAUUUAUGAAAUUGUCACAUACUGUGUUACAUGGUAUUAAGUUACACAAGGAACCAUCGAUAAUUUGAAUGUGUUAUAAGGAAUAAAAUGGGGAAAGAAAUAUGGAUGAUUUACAAGGCUAAAUAUUCUAAAAUAUAAACAUUAUACAAGCAAGAUUAACAAAAGUUACUCACUCCUUGUGUGUCUGCUGUGGCGUCUGGUGAUUACUGCUUUUUUUAAGAUUGCUUUACCAUCACUGUCACUCCUGAUAUACACACCAUGUCACACAGCGUCACACAGGGUGUGACGCUUUCAUGAAUUACUAGUUUGCUCUUUCUUGAGACACGAGCUAGGGAAACACUGUGGUGUCUGGUGUUCACUGCUGUUUUUAAGAUUGCUUUGCCAUAACUGUCAUUCCUGAUAUACACGCCAUGUCACACAGCGUCACACAGGGCAUGACGCUUUCAUGAAUUACUAGUUUGCUCUUUCUCGCGACAUGAGCUUGAGAAGCCUGUGUAUGAACCAGCAGAAACUCUGAAGAUGACAGAAAGGUCAAACCAUAACUUUAACUAGAAUUUCUAUUGCAAGUGAAGUUUGUAAAAGGGAGAGUGAUAAACUGAUACCACACUGAUCAACUGGAAGAAAAGGUCUGUAAGGUCUAUGUUUAAAAGCUUGAAUAGUCAAAUCAAUUAAUGGCCAAUGAGAAGAAAGUUACGGUUGCAAAUCUUGCCUUUCACUUGAAAAGUGACCAUCAAAUCUGGCGCUUGGGUAGGUACUUUAGGUAGGACGUUUGAACACAAUUACGGCUUGAGCGGGGGAUAAUUUGAAUGGACCUAUGUUCAAGUUCAAAUUCCCAGAGGAAUUCCCGGGGGAAGGGGUGUUGAAGUUUCGCAUUGAUCGACGCAUAACAAUUAUUAUUUUCAUUUUUUCAGCCUUCGAUAAUCCAAGUAUGCAGAUUUCAGCUCUUCGGCUUCUUUGCUGUCUUCUACCAGCACCAAACAGAGACACAUUAAAGGUACUACUGGAAUUUCUCGCUGGAGUUGCGCAAUGUGCAGAAGACAGCAUUGACGAAAAAGGCAAUGAAGUAAGUUUUGCUACACAUCGUUAGCUAAAUUCAUGCACUGUUUAAGCUCGGUGCAAACUAGAUCUUUUUACGAAAUCUUUACAAAUUUUCGACCACCAAGACUUUGACAAGCGCUAUGAGUGUUAUCCACCUUUUAACUUUAACCUGACUGAUUGAAAACCUACCUCCGUUUGUGGAGGUAAUGAGCUGACUCUGAUUCUUUCUUGGCGAAUGACUCAGGUUCACCGUGAGCAGCUCGGUUCCGCCAUUAUGGCUGAUAAUCGACUGAGAGGAGACUGGUUCUUGACUAACUGUCUUCUCUAGACGCCAGUCCGUAUCUGUCUUUUAAAAUUUCUUGGGUUGUUCGCCUUUUUGCUGCCGUCCAUUCUUUAAGGGUUUUUCGGUCCGUCUAUCUGAUGAUAUUAUUUAUUAUUUAUGUGGUUUACGAAUACAAACCAGACAGGUUACGUCAAAACUAAAAAAACUGCGUGAUCAUUUCAGCAUUAUUUGAGGGAAUCAAUUUGAAUAAAUAUAUUCUUGUUUUAAGCCGAAAAAAAAAGCAGACCCCAUUUUCUUAGGCUAUUAACUGGCCUAAGAAUUUUAAACAAUGAUCUGUAUCAAAUCGCAGAUUCUAAACAAACUUUUGCUCUUUCAGAUUCCUGGGAACAAAAUGAACUCUAAAAACUUAGCUAUUAUAAUUGGCCCGAAUAUUUUACAUAAGGUAUGUAAAGGAUAAAAUAAAAAUUAAAUUUUAAUAGAAAUCGAAAUGUACAUUUGAAUCAUUUUUGCGUCGUCGUCUUGAUUUUAAAAUUUUAUAAUUUUUUCAUUUUACUUUUGUUUCAUUUCUACUUCUUUUCCCUCUCAGGUAAAAGGGCAACAUCACGACUUCCUAGUAGAAGAUAAGGCUCGUGCGGAUGAAAGGAAGGAAAUUAUUGACGUGGUGCAAGAUAUGAUUGAACAUCACGACCAGUUGUUUCAGGUAGUAGGAUCGGCAUUGAUUAUUACAUUUUUGCAUCACUCGGGAGUAAUUCUGAUACUUUGAAGUGCUACGUAAUGACGCCUAUCGGCGCCUAUCCCUUCGACGUGACACACACGUUCCUAGAAACGAGUGAGACCUGGGUUUGAGAUAAGCCGCGGUCUUCGGGCGCACAUGAAAUAAUAACACAACACGAGUUUCCCUCAGUCUGCGCAGCUUAGUCAUUUUCUUUUUGUCUCUGCAAGCCAUAACCUCCAAUAUUACGUUGUUUUCAUGCACUUUUGAUAUCCAAUUAGACGCUGUUGAAAUUUUUUCUCUUCUUUUUUCAUUCUUUAAGGUUUCUGCAGAAAUGCAUCAUAACGCGCUGGUUCAUCUUUUGGAAAAUGAACCGGAACUUCUGGAUUUCAUUUUAAGGAGAAGGUUACUGAGAACGCACGGAGUAAGGUAAAAAGUGUGGAAAACAUUCUUCUUGAACGGGUAGAUUUUGAUUGUUGUGAGGUGGAGUUAUAUUUCAACAUUGUCUUUUAACUCUGUAUGUUCAAAAGUAAAUGGAGGGUUUGUAUACACAUAAAUUUUACGUGUUCGUCAAUGUACUUGAAGGGAGGGGGGGAUGAACGGAAGGCUCGGAAGAGACUGUUUGUGUCGCGAUAAAAUUUACCUUUAAUAUUCCCAUAAUUCCCUCUCAUGGACAGCCAUUAGGCAGUCGAUUGUCUAUGGUGCCCCCUAUUAUUGGUGACGACUGUUCCCCCUCCAUUCCUCUUCCGUUCUGAAAAUCGUAGGACCCCUCCCCCCACCCAAAAAAAUGCCCUGACCCCUCUCUCCCAGAGGAUAAAAAUGACUGGUUCCUAAGACUUAAAAGCAUGAUAAUGAUUACUAAUAAGUAAUGUGCGGUCCUGUUGUUAAAGAAAUUUUUUUUCAGACACGUUUUGAAAAUACAUACAGGUGUGUCCCCUCGGAAAGGGUGGACGCCCCUCCCCCUCAGAUUAUCUCCCACGGUAGUUUAUCGCUCUUUCUUGUGAGCGCCAUAUUCACUCAUAUGGAAAAUAAACCGCAUCUCUUACCUUCAUCUUAACCUGUCCUUCUCUCAAUUUUCUAAACAGCUCUGAAACGGAAGACGAUCCCUUCAUUUACGAAGCUAGUGGUAAAGCAGAGACGCCAGUAAGAGGACGCGUCAUGUCCGCUGGAGCGGCGGAGCGUCCUGUAACACGCUUUUCGAACGCGUCUGGCUCGCGUUCUUUCAACGAAGCAAACUGGCGUGCGAGACAAAAUCCUUCGCCACGCACAGUGACACGUAGCAGUAGUGAUAAAUCGAAUCACAAUUCUGCAUUUCCUAAUCGUAGUUAUUCUUUGAAUCAAGACGAUGCUAGGUAUUACCGAGAACACAUGUUCGGGCGACAGAUGUCUUCACCCGACGAUCACGCAUCGACGACGAGUUACAAUUCAAAUUAUAGACAAAACAAACGAAAGACACCGCCGAUGACGAGACCUACGUGCAGGUACGAAGGAUCUGCUUUCGAGCAGCCUCCGUCUCCUGCUCUUUCUUCAGGGUCGGCUUCAGUUUCUUAUUCAAACUUUUCAACACCUCCUUCAUCUCCUUCGUCUACCGCGUUCGUUUCUGCGGAAUCCACUUCAUCGUCACCGAUUCCAGUCCGGGCCUAUGUGGCUGACGACGGACAUUUAAUAACUGAAUGGACCAGCUUACAAACUGAAAUUGAAGUUGAGUUGGCCCGGGACAGAAACGAGGAGUACAAUCGUAAUCAGCCGUUUGAUUCUAGAACGUUUAGUCUUUCAGACUGGCAGCUGGAGAAUUGGUUCCAGUGGGAAUCUCUAACCCAACAAAACAGUAGCCAGAAAGACUUUCUGGAGCAGGAAACUUUAGUGUAGGAAUUCUACGGUAACUGCUUUUAGUUUUAGUUUUUGAUUGGCGAAAGAGGUCAAUUUAUUUAAACAGUCGCGGAGAACAAACACAAUUUUUGGCAAAUUAUCGUUGAGGUACUCAAAGGUUUCAACACCCUGUCAUCCAAUCAGAAGAAGAAUAGCUUUGUCAGAGAUAUGGAUAGGUAGGCUUAGCUACGCCGCUGACCAUUGCAGCUGGCUCAAUCACUAUUCAAGAAAACGGGAAGUUACUGUCAUGUUGUCUUCGUUCCCACGACUAUUAAUAUCUAAAGCUAGAGCUAAAAAUAGAGGUUUGCAUUGAUAGCAAAGCGCGAGAGAAGCAUUUAUUUAUGUAAAAAAAUAUAUUAAUUAGAAAACGAGUGCCCUUCUAUUCCACACCUGGAUAGAAGAAAUGAAAAUAUCAUACAAAUCUACACUGCGUGUAGACGCCAAGAGUAAAACCGACUUCGGUGAAUUCCUUCCUGUUUUUGAAGGUGUAUAUACGAAAAAAAUCAAGUUUGAGAGCGCACAUAACUCAAGGUGAGAGAAAUAAAAAUACCCAGGGCUUCUACGGCCAGGCGCCGGAAGAGAAUGUCUGGGUACUAGAGUAUUGAGAAAUGCCUGUAACCAACCACAGUAGAGUUAGAUAUGUAAGCUUAACAGUUUGUAAUUAAUUUAAGCUUCGGGAGAUG